AUGUUGAGCCAUGCCGACUCGUGCCGUGGCAGUGCGCUAGAUUACGCGGUUGAGGAUCCAUGGUGCGAACAACUCGAUCGAGAUGGUCCCACAGAUGCUCGAUUGGGUUUAAGUCAGUUCGUCACAAUUUCGCUGGAAAAUUUGACAGGCCUCAUUGCAGUUCUUUUGCAAUUCUUCACGAGAAUGUCCCUUGACAACCAAGGCCGCGUCAUCGGCAUAGGCAAAAAUGUUCUGACCCUAUUUGCAAAUAAAUCAUCAUUUCCCUUUGUCUACACCACGUCUCUACCAGGCUCACCCCCUCUGUACGGGGGAGUCAAGCGAUAUCCUGGAUCACGAAAGGUGGAAUAUUUUGCAAAUAAUGCGAAAAUCAUCGAUUCAAAGGAGUAUACAUCGACUGAAGGAGAAAAUCAAAUACUCUACGUCAUAGAUGACAUUCUCGAACCAUAUGUUUCAAGUACGUCGAUGCCUCCGUCAGCUUAUGACCUCUUGAGCCAUCCCGAACAACACGAUAUAAAGGAGCCCCUAAGUGCGUUCAACAGCAGAGUGAAGCAAGAGCAGUUGGAAGAAUUAUUCCAGAGGGAGGGAAACCACACUUUCUUCUUGCCCGUAGCGGCAGGACAAGGCCACAGUUUCAACAGACAUCAGGGUGUGGACAAAUGGGUUAUUCGAGGUCACGUGAUUCCAAGGAAUGUGCUGUUUACCCGAUUGGCUACCCUGGAUAAGUACCAGAGUGAGGCAUAUGGAGAUGACAUUCAGGUCGAGCUUUCUAUCAUCAAUCAAUCCGAUGCUAUUGGGAAUUCAUACACGUUAUAUGCUCAGAGUAGCACCACCCACAGUGACUACAGGCACAAGAAAGGAGUGGUGAUGGCAAAGAUACUGAAACCAAACAUCCCUGUCAAGAAUGGUGUUGUCCAUCUCAUCGAAAGUCCUCUCAUGAUCAUAGACAUCACCGUCUGGCAGUUCCUCCAAAAUGAAAAGAAAGGCAGAUUGUCGGAAUUUAUGGAACUGGUGAACUUUGCCCCAGGCUUUAAAGAACUUCUUAAUAGUUCCCAGGAAAAGUCUCUGUUUGCGCCAACUAACGAAGCAAUUCGUCAGCUUCCACCUGAAGCUAUAGGCACCAUCAAGACAAACAUCACUGCCAUUACAAAUUUACUGAAGCUUCAUCUGGGGAUGAAAACUCUGACAGUGGAUGGAGUGGGCGUCAAAGCCGCAGCAGUGCAAGCAGAUAUCGGAGCCAUCGACGGUAUGGUGCACAUAAUCGACAGACUUUUAGGAAUGCCCUAUCAAACCGUCUUCUUAAAACUGCAGUCAGAUCCAGAUCUCAGGAUUACUUAUGAGCUGAGUGAGCAGACGGUUGGUCAAUUCAGGGCAACACAACGUUUACAUUCUUUGCUCCCAGUGACGAUGCAUGGAUGCAGCUCAAAAGAAAUAUGCCCACAGUAUACAAGCAACUCACCAUGA